GUUUUUAUUCUUCAACAAAACAAAUAAGUUAUUCAAAUUUUGUUCCUCGAAUCAAAUUGCCAAUGCCAUUUACAAAAUCAUCAGAAAAAGAAAAAGGAAAAAUUGUGUAUACAAAACGUCCACAUUACAUUAACCAACCUGAUUCAUUUCCUUCACUUUUUAAUUUUGAUGAAUAUGAUGAAUAUAUAUUCAAAUUACCUUCUCAUUCACAAAAUUCUCGCACAACACACAGUUUACAACGUCAUUCAUCAAGACGAAAGGCAACACUUCCAUCUAACAAUCACCCUCGUACCAUUCUUCCAAGAAGGAUGUCAGAAGAUAAAACUUCAACGACUUGUUUUGUGGCUUCAGAAACAAUUCCAGAGCCAAAAUCUGUUUAUGUGCCAUCUCCAGCUAUUACAAUUCCACUUCCAAAUUCACAAAGCAAUAUUUGUUAUUUAUCAUCAUCUUUGGGAACACCUUACGUUCCUGGUAAAAACAUUUUUAUAUAUAAUUUUAUAAUCUAUUUUAUGUUAUAGUGAGAUAAAAUUGUUCAA